AUGUGGAGGUGGAUGAACAGAAGUGAGAAGUUGAGUGGUCCUCGCCUCAACUACUCGACUUACGACAAAGAAUCCUAUGCGUUGACUCAGGCAUCAGAGACCUUGCGUUAUUAUUUACUGCCCAAGGAGUUCGUGAUUCACACCGAUCAUGAGUCACUUAGGCAUUUGAAGGGGAAAAUGAAGCUAAAUUGGAGGCAUGCCAAGAGGAUGGAGUUUUUGGAGGAUUUAUACAAAGAUGACCUGCAGUUUGCAAAGAUAUAUAAAGAAUGCCCACAAGGUGCAAAUGAGGGUUAUUUUCAGCACAAGGGGUAUCUCUUCCGUUCUGGCCGACUGUGCUUCCCUCUAAUUCCAUUCGUGAGCUGUUGGAUCAUGAAGCUCAUAAUGGAGGUCCCGCAGAGAGGUGUGUCACUUGCAAAAAGGCGAAGAACCAAGAAAAGGCGCAGGGAUUAUACAUGCCACUGCCCGUUCCAGAUCACGCAUGGAAGCAUGUACUUUAUUCUUGACUUGCCGAGGACUCAGAGGGGAAAGGAAUUGGUGAUAGUGGUCAUGAAUCAUUUUUCUAAAACGUCACACUUCAUCCCAUGCCGCAGGACAGACGACACAAGCAAUGUAGCUGAUCUGCUCUUCAAGGAGAUCGUUCGCUUGCACGGGGUACCAUUAAGUAUUGUCUCUGACCAUGAUGCUAAGUUCUUGAGUUAUUUCUGGAAGACCUUAUGGAGGAAGCUGGGAACCAAGCUGCUAUUCGGCAUGACCUGCCUCUCACAAACUGAUGGCCAAAUCGAAGUGGUAAAUCGAUCCCUUUCAACUUUGCUUCGAACAGGGGUUAAUAAGAACUUGAAGAACUGGGAUGAAUGCCUAGCUUACGUGGAGUUUGCUUAUAACCGCUGUGUUCACCGCACAACAGGGCACUCACCCUUCGAGGUGGUAUGUGGUUUCAAUCCAACCACUUCGUUGGACUUGGUACCACUUCCAGUUGGCGAAAGGGGUUGUUGGAUGGAUCCAAGAAGGCCGAGCUAG